CAAAAAAUGAAUUUUCCAAUUUUUUUUUUAAAUUUUAUAUCGAGAUCACGCCACGAGAAAUCUCUUUGCUAUGAAGAAUUAAAUCCGAGCACGGUUCAAUCGUUAAAUUCAAGUCCUCGUUGUGAUCUACACAACCGACUCCAUCCAUGACGGUAAGAACAGUGAAAGUGGGCAAUGUUUCAAUAGGUGCAUCUGAGGAAGAUGUAAAUGAGUUCUUCUCCUUUUCCGGGGAAAUUGAACAUAUUGAGAUCCACAGUGGCAAUGAGCGGUCUCAAAUUGCAUAUGUUGUCUUCAAAGAUCCCCAGGGAGCAGAGACAGCAAUUCUUCUUUCGGGGGCAACCAUAGUGGACCAAUCUGUGACAAUAGAUUUGGAUCCAGACUUCAAGGCGCCUGCAACUUCAGCUCCAUUUCAUGCAACUGAGAAUAAAAAUGCUGGUGGUGCUGAAUCUGCUGUCCAGAAGGCAGAGGAUGUUGUGAGCAGCAUGCUGGCCAAGGGCUUUGUUCUUGGUAAAGAUGCAAUCAGCAAAGCAAAAGCCUUUGAUGAGAAGCACAGGUUGACAUCUACUGCCACUGCAACAGUUGUUUCUAUUGAUCAAAAAAUUGGUCUCACUGAGAAAGUAAGUACUGGCACAUCUAUUGUCAAUGACAAAGUGAGGGAAAUGGACGAGAAGUUUCAGGUUUCUGAAAAGACUAAGUCUGCCUUGUCAACCGCUGAGCAGACAGUUAGUAGCGCAAGAUCUGCUCUCAUGAAGAACCGCUAUGUUCUGACUGGGGCUUCAUGGGUUAUUGGUGCAUAUAGUCGGGUUUCAAAGGCAGCUGGGGAAGUGAGUCAGAAGACACGAGAGAAGGUGUUGGCUGAAGAGGCAGAGGCACGAAAAUCAGACGGCCACAUUCAGGUUCAUGAGUCUGAAUCUGCAAAGUAGGAAUGUACUACGCAUAAUGCUGUUAAGUCCACAGUUUGGUUUCCUAAAGCUGUGUAAAAUGCCUUGUAAAGAAUUUGAAUCUUAUCAUCCAAUGACUUGUAUGGAAGCACUUAACAUAGGAUAAUAAGUCGUGUUUAUAUUGGGUACGUUUGGUUUAUUAUAUUCUAUCCGUUUUUUCAUUGUUCAUAA